AUGUGGCCUUCUGGCACUGGGACCAUGGUGAAACCCCCACCAUAUAAGAGAAUGCCAGGUAGACCCAAAUUGAAAAGAAAGAAGGCACCUGAAGAAGAAGUUAAGAGUGUUUCAAAACUGAAAAGAUUGGACAUAACAAAAAGAUGUUGCAAAAAUGAAGCUGCACCAAGGACACCUAAGGAAGGCCAAGAACCAAGGCAAUAUCUUGCCCUCCUGAAAAUGAACUUAAUGAUGCAGUCGUCAACUUCAGGGGCCAAAUUUGAAGUUGAACCACGACCUCCACUACCACACGAUCCACUAGACAUCUUCAGAGUAGUCGGAUUCUUGGCAAUGAAUCAGUACGCGUUCUACAGAAAUGAGAAAUAG